GAUAAGAAAGCAGUAAUGUCCUAAAGAAUGCUGUUUAAUUAAUUAGUAUCAGCCUCUCCUACAGCUCUGGAAGGGUACAUGUUAAGUACCACUCCUGGAUGAAUCAGAAAAACAGCCACUUGAGCAAUUUUGUGUUCUGUGGUUCAGAUGAGAAUCCCCGUUGAGAAAGUAAGAAAAUAUGUGUUUAUUCUUCAGCUUUAAAUUGUUACAUCACAAACUUCCUUCCUCCCUGGCAAGCUUUUUUUUUGACCAGAAGAAAAUUGUAAUAAACAAUAGUAUGACUAAUAGUCACAUGGUUACUUUCAGUUUGCAAAAUUUUAUUUAUACUUUGAGUUACUCUUCAAAAGUGGUAUACCUCUAGUUUGGAGCUGUGCUGUAAAAACAAGAGUAACAUUUUUAUAUUAAAGUUAAAUAAAGUUACAACUUUGAAGAGAGGUUCUGCAAGACAUGACACAAAGCUGCUAGCAGAAAAUCAAAACACUCAUUAAAAGAAGCAAGGUAUGAUGACCAAACAUAAAAAGUGUUUUAUAAUUUGUGGUAUUUUAAUAAUAACUAAUAUUAUUACUGUAAUAGUUAAGCUACCUCGAGAUUCUCAGAGUUUAUGCCCAUAUGAUUGGAUUGGUUUCCAAAACAAAUGCUAUUAUUUCUCUAAAGAAGAAGGAGAUUGGAAUUCAAGUAAAUACAACUGUUCCACUCAACAUGCUGACCUAACUAUAAUUGACAACAUAGAAGAAAUGAAUUUUCUUAGGCGAUACAAAUGCAGUUCUGAUCACUGGAUUGGACUGAAGAUGGCAAAAAAUCGAACAGGACAAUGGGUAGAUGGAGCUACAUUUACCAAAUCGUUUGGUAUGAGAGGGAGUGAAGGAUGUGCCUACCUCAGUGAUGAUGGUGCAGCAACAGCUAGAUGUUACACAGAAAGAAAAUGGAUUUGCAGGAAAAAAAUACACUAAGUUAAUGUCUUGGAUAAUGGGGAAAACAGAAAAUAACAUUAUUAAGUGUAAAACCAGCAAAGUACUUUUUUAAUUAAACAAAGUUCAAGUUU